AUGGUGGUGUGCGGGUCGGACGGUGCUGCCACACAACAAGCCUACGAUGGACCCCAAAAAGGCAGCCUCGAAAACCUGGGUCUCCAUCCCGUGGAGCACGCACCGGUCGUUGACGAACUCCGGGUCGACCUCGUCCCAGGUCUUUCUGAUACCUCCUGCAGGCGGAAAUAUCGCACACAGCACGUAGUACGCAGCUCCUCCAAUGAAGAUCCCGAUGGGCAGCGCAAAAAUAUAGAGAUGAAUUGCCCCCAGCGAGAUGUGUGUGUUCCCGCACGCGUGCAAGAACCCGGGAAAGACCGGUCCCCAGCUGAUGAAGUACGCGACGUAGGCGCGCCAGUUGAUCCCGUACGUGUAGUAGUAGAUGCCGUCUUUUUUUCCGCUGUACAGGUCAGCGAGCUCGCAGCGGCCCUUUCUCACGAAAAAGUAGUCGCUGAUCACAAUCCCCAGGAUCCCAGAAAGGAAGAUCUGCUACGAGCUGAGGUACGUCGUGAACGAGAACGAGGUCUUGGUCAGGUUCCACGGAGUGAUGGCGAAGGAAAGAACCAUGACAAUGAUGGCCCCGCGUCGGAUGUUGAUGUACUUUGGACACAAAGCUGCCGUGUCGUUGCCGCCGGCAAUGAUGUUGGCAAACAGUUGGGUCACGGCCUGUGCGAUGGAGAACCCUAG